UGACCCUAUACAUCGGUAGCCACCAUGGCAGAAGCGCACCAGGCGGUGGCUUUUCAGUUCACAGUCACCCCUGAAGGCAUUGACCUACAGCUGUCCCAUGAGGCUCUCCGCCAGGUCUACCUUUCUGGCCUCCACUCCUGGAAGAAAAGGUUCAUUCGGUUCAAGAAUGGGGUAAUGACUGGUGUGUACCCAGGCAGCCCAGCUGGGUUCUCCAUUGUGGUCGGGUCCUACAUGACUUACAAUAAAUUUAAACAGUUGGAUCCAUCUUUGGGGUUGUUUACCAAGCUGGGUCAACAUAUACCUAUCAGCCGAUAUAUGUCUACAGAUACCCAGAGGAUAGUCGGAGGAGUUCUGGUGGGCACAGGCCUGUGGGUCACCAUAAUAAUGAUAAUGAGGAAUGUCCUUAAGUCCUUGCUGUCAUGGCAUGGCUGGAUGCAAGAACGUCAUGGCUCCCUGUCCUGGUCGACUCGUGUGUGGAUGAUUCUAGUGAAGGUGUUCUCUGGCCGGAAACCAAUGCUGUACAGUUUCCAGAACUCUUUGCCACGAUUACCUCUUCCCUCUAUCAAGGACACCUGCCAAAGGUACCUGGAAUCAGUGCGCCCACUGAUGGAUGAUAAGAAGUAUGAACGGAUGGAAGGGUUGACUCAAGACUUUGAGAAGAAUCUGGGACCCAGGCUGCAGUGGUACCUUAAACUCAAGUCCUGGUGGGCAUCCAACUAUGUCAGUGACUGGUGGGAAGAGUACAUUUACCUGAGAGGCCGUGGACCCAUCAUGGUCAACAGCAACUAUUAUGCCAUGGAUUUCCUGUACGUGUUCCCCACUUCCAUCCAGGCUGCCAGGGCAGGUAAUUCCAUCCAUGCCAUCAUGCUAUACAGGAGAAAACUGGACAGAGCUCAGAUCAAACCUAUAUACUUGCUGGCGAACAAGGUUCCUCUGUGUUCAGCUCAGUGGGAGCGAAUGUUUAACACCUCCCGCAUCCCUGGUGUGGAGACAGACACCCUUCAGCACGUGAACGAGAGCAAACACAUAGCUGUGUAUCAUAAGGGACGCUUCUUCAAGGUGUGGAUAUUUUAUGAUGGGCGGCUACUGUUGCCACGUGAGAUUGAGCAGCAGAUGGAGAGGAUCUUGGCAGACAAGUCGGAGCCCUUGCCAGGAGAGGAGAAACUAGCAGCACUUACUGCAGGGGAUCGGACCCCUUGGGCAAAGGCCCGUGAGACAUACUUCAGUCGUGGUAAGAACAAGCAGUCUCUGGAUGCCAUAGAAAAGGCAGCAUUCUUCGUUACUCUUGAUGACACAGAGCAGCGUUACGAUGCAGAUAACCCAGUCACGUCUCUGGACAGUUACGCCAAGUCCCUGCUCCAUGGAAAAUGCUAUGACAGGUGGUUUGAUAAGUCCUUUAAUCUGAUAGUUUUCAAGAAUGGCACCAUGGGACUAAAUGCAGAGCAUUCCUGGGCAGAUGCUCCAAUUAUUGGCCAUCUGUGGGAGCAUGUACUUUACAUGGACCCUAGGCUGGGAUAUACUGAAGAUGGUCACUGUGUUGGGCAGCCUCAUCCUAACCUGCCUGGCCCUCAAAGGCUGCAGUGGGACAUCCCUGCUGAGUGCCAAGAGGCCAUCGAGGGUUCUUUCACAGUAGCCAGAACUCUGGCAGAUGAUGUGGACUGUGACAUUAUCCCCUUCACCGACUUUGGAAAGGGACUGAUUAAGAAGUGCCGCACUAGUCCUGAUGCCUUCAUCCAGAUUGCCCUGCAGCUGGCCCACUACAGAGACAAAGCGAAGUUUUGCCUGACGUAUGAAGCCUCCAUGACUCGCAUGUUCAGGGAAGGUCGCACAGAAACCGUUCGCUCUUGCACCACUGAGACUUGUGCCUUUGUUCUCUCCAUGAUCAGAGAUGAGACAAGAGAAGAGCGUCUCAGGUUGCUCAAGCUGGCAGCAGAACAUCAAAGCUUGUACCGCUUGGCAAUGACAGGACAGGGCAUCGAUCGCCACCUUUUCUGUCUCUAUGUGGUUUCCAAAUACCUGGGAGAGGACUCGCCCUUCCUGAAGGAGGUCCUGUCUGAGCCGUGGAGGCUGUCCACUAGCCAGACUCCUAUGCAGCAAGUUGAGCUCUUUGAUCUGGUCAGACACCCAGAAUAUGUGUCCUCUGGAGGUGGUUUUGGUCCAGUGGCUGAUGAUGGUUAUGGUGUCUCCUAUAUCAUUCUUGGUGAGAGCCUCAUCAACUUCCAUAUCUCCAGCAAACGCUCAAGUCCAGAAACUGACUCGCAUCGUUUUGGGACCAACAUCAGACAGGCCAUGCUGGACAUUCUGGGUCUCUUUGAGCUCAACAACAAAGCUGCCAAGUGAUGGCUCUCUUUGCUGGUGGAAAAACAUAACAAACACAUUCAAAAAGGUUGUACAGAAUCACUUGUUGGAUUGGGGUUCUUUAUGUUAAUUGAUGUUAUAGAAAUAAGGGUGAUUGAAAGGUAUUUGGAAGCAUUAUUAUUAUUAUUAUUAUUUGUUUGUGAGAUGCUAAUGUUUGCUGUAUAUUUAGGCAUGGUGAGAUUCUGGUGGUGUUGGGUACAGGUAGUGCACAGAUCAAAGAUUAUUAUCUUUUUUUUUUUUUCACAAGACUGUACGUACCGGUGCCUUACUGACCCACUAAUGUAAAAAAGGGCAGAAAGGGAGGGGAAAAAAGCUAGUCUGAGAUCAGAUUUGUAUUAACAAAUUUCAGCUUGUUCAGUGGCAUCAUCAAAUACUUGAAUCACAUUUUAAGUUGCAAGAUGGUGCAAUAUCUUUAUUUCUGUUCUAGGUGUUAUUUUUAUCCUUUUUUUUUUUAAGUUUCUUUUAGUUUUUCAAUUGCAGCUCCUGAGUCACAUGUAACUGACCAAAGCAGCAAACUUGAUAUUAAAUAUCAUCAGUAGAUUGCAUGCUGCGUGCUAUCAUUAUUUCAUAUAGCUCAGUUUAUUAAAGAGAAGAUGAUUCUGAAGGAUCAGCAGUUGCACGCAGUCAUUUCACACCUAUACGAUUAAAACGGUGCAUUUGUGAUUGCAAACGUUCAACAUGGAUCAGAAAUGUAUCAGUGUAAUUUUGAAUAUCAACGCAUUGCUACUCUCUUCUCAGUUGAUGUCCAUUGCCUUUCAGACCCAAGUGCACAGCCAGUGUGUUUGUUCAGGUUUAGCUGCUAUGACUCUUAUUAUGUAUCAACGAAGGCAGAUGACGUUUGCUUGUUUGUUGUUUUCAUACUCAGGUUGUUUUGCUGACUUGGCCUUGUAUCUUAGGGUGCUGGCUGCAACACUGAAAACGAGUGCUUUUGCUGACAUGUAAAUGUCAGAAAUGUAAAUGUUGAAAUGCAGUACAAUGCCAUGUCAUCCCAGCGAGCUAGUAGGUAACGUAGCAUGACGUUUGCUGUUGAAAUGAGGAUUGGCAGGACACUGUGAAUCUGACACAGUGUGAGGCCAACAGUUGCUUGUUUUUGGGGGUGGGGGGAUAGCGAGUUAACUAUACUUUAACUCUAUUGUGCACUCCAUCACAGACCCUAUAUUAUCAACUCCUAACAACCUGUGUAGCUUUUUGCCCCAUCAAGAAAGUCUGUAACCUUUCAUGAGAAAUCAGAUUGUUGGUUGUAGCAAAGUGGUAUUGCAGCUGUUGUUUCGUAGUCUAGAUGAGGUGAAGAAUCAGUCGGUUUUUGGUCUCUUCAGUAAAGUAAGAUAUCAUGUCUUCUCUUCAGUUAUUUUUAGGAAAUGCAAGUUUAUAAUCACGUAUAGGAAUGCAUUUUUUUUUUUAAUAAUGUAUAUGUUGUCAGUACAUCAUAUUUAUUUUUCCAGGUUUUAGCAUCUUUAUUUUCAAACAUCUUGCUUAUUUACCAGAUGACCUUUGCAAAUGAUGAGCCCUAAGUUACAGCUUUGCUGGUUUAAGAAGUAAAAUGGACAAAAUGCUUCCUUUUCUUUUGACAUGACAGUUUUGUUAUCCCGGACUUGUAGUUGUGUGACAUUUUUAUCUAAACCUCAUGUUUACACUGCUGCAUGUUUUUAAAGAUGAAGCUGUAUAUGUUUGCCUUUAAUUUAAAGAACUGUUAAAAGACAAGCAGCUGAUAUACCAAACCACAUUUUAACAAUAAAGUGAAUGUCAGAUAGCUGCAUCACCUCUGGGAUGUCCCUUCUUGCAUACACUGUAUACUUAUCUCGCUAGAGAAGGGUAUGUAUGUGUUUUGUUUUUCAAUAUAGUUUAAUUUCAGUUUGUUUCCAGUUUAGUUUUUAUUAGUUUUAGUGUUACGUUGUCUUUUUGUUAUGGGGUCACCUGUGACCACCAUUGUGUGUAAUUUAAAGAUAAUUCAGCUACUUACAAUCACUUACUUACGUACACCUGUUCCACUGUUCAUUAAUCAAAAUAUCUAUUUAUCAAAUCCAUGGCAGCAACUCUGUGCAUUUAGGCAUGCAGACAUGGUCAAGAUAAUCUCCUGAAGUUCAAACUGAGCAUCAGACUGGGGAAGAAAGGUGAUUUAAGUGACUUUAAAGAUGGCCUGCUUGGUGGUGCCAGACUGGCUGGUCUGAACGAGCUGCAGCUGUCUGAGAUAAAAUGCCUUGUUGAUGUUCAGGUCUGAGGAGAAUGGCCAGACUGCUUCCAGCUCAUGGUGGCAAAAGUAACCCAGCAGCGAACUGUACAACCAAGAUAUGCAGAAGAGCAUGUCUGAAUGCACAACACAUCAAACCUUGAAGUAGAUGACAACAACAUGAAAGCAUGGCUCCAUCCUGCCUUGUAUCAACAGUUCAGGCUGGUGAUGG